AUGACGUCGCCAACUCCCUCGCCGUCCCCGUCCCCGCCGCCAUCGUCGGGCCCGUGCGGACGAGAAGAUCGGUGGCGCGGCGGCCGCGGGUCGGAUUCGGAGGAGACCCCGCGGUCGCAGCAGGGUGUGCUCACUGCCGGGCGGGAGCGGCGCAGCGACCGGCCGGAGUCCUCUUCGGCACGCAGGGAGGUAAGGUCCAUGGUCUGCCGGGAGGAGGAGAGCGCCGCCUUCGGUGAGCUCGACGACCCGGAAGACCCGCUCGACGAGGAAGAAGAAGCACCGUGGGAGGAGCCCACGCAUGUGACCCGCAAGCGAGCGCGCGGCCGGAGGGCGGGGAAGAAGGUGGCGGCGAGGCCACCGAGCCCGGAGCGCGUUCCGGGCGCCUACGAUGACUACCACGGCCUGUGCCUCCUGUGCAUGCAGCCUGGUCACCGCGCGGCGGACUGCACCACCGGGCCGGUGUGCUUGCGUUGCGGGGAAGCGGGGCACAUGUCGAGGGAGUGCUCGCUCCCCCUCCCGCCAAGGCCGGCGUCGCCACCGUCGGAUGUCAUGGAGCCGGCCAGGAAACGUGUGAACGACGCGGGGCGCGGCCGCAGGGUGGAUGUGGGCGCCGGUGACCACCGCGCGCGUGCGCCGGAGGCUCGCCAGGCUGCAAGUUAG